UGUUGUGGUGGGUCCUGAGCUGAGACACGUGAGGCCGGUGCGGUGUGUGACGUGAGCCAGGAACAUGGAGAUAUAUGACAGUAUAUGUUCUCGACAGGAUAAAAACUAUAUCAAGAGGAACAGUGAAUUGAUAAGUGAAGCUGUUCAGAACACAGGGCUGUUUCAGAAUGAGCUUCCACACAUGUUGGAUUUCCAUGUGAAGAAAGUCAAUACUUUGCUGAAUAAUGGAAAAACCAGGGAAAAUGGGCUGAAACUCUUACUGUCGUUGGUACAACAGUGUCCACAGAAGAUAUUGGCAGUACAGGGGGAUAGAUGGUUCGUCUUCUGUACUCAGACUAUAAAAUCUGUGUGGGGGACAAGAGCUAAAAAGGAUGCCUGUCAGAUCAUCUCCAGCAUUCUCAGGGACUUGCCCAGUGUCCCCGAGCUACAGAGGAUCAUCUUGUCUAAAUCUGUAGGCCCUCUUCUGGUCUCCCUGGCAACUGCCGACUCCUUAUGGGAUUGUGCAGCAUUAGAAUGUUUAUAUGAAUACAUGAAGCUCGCUCCUGGCCAGUGCCUAGCACACAAGACAGUACUUGAGGAACACAUUCUUGGGUACUUGGAUGGUUCUUUGACAAGAGUAGGCCAAAGAGAUGCCAUAUCAGAGGCAGGUCGAGUGUUUGCUGCCUUACCACUCCCAGGAAUGGGAGGUAGUGGAUUUCAAGGCCGGGCUGAGGCUAGGGGGAGACAACUUACCCAGCUGGUGGCUGUGUGUCAUGACCUCAUGGACUACCUCUUUGAUGGAAUAUUGGAAAAAGAAUCAUAUGACCACACAAGAAAAUACAACCUACGUCUGACACCUCUUUUAACCCUGGGAGAAGGCAACACAGACACCCUACGAACACAUCUGGCUGCUGUGACACGACUUGUCAACUCCAUGAAGUUUAUUGGUGAACUGAUCACUGCAGAUGUGAACGAAGCUGUGACCGUUGUUCCUCGUGAACUAUUAAGUGUAGUGUUCAGAUGCUUACAGGUUGAUCAAUUAGUUUUGACCAAGUAUCGUAGUCGAGAGCACAAGUUGUUAGCAUUUUUUAUGCCGUCUUUACACCAGCACAGCCUACUGUUGAUAAGAGAUAUAUUGUUCAGCAUUGGUGAAAGUGUUGACAUGUACUUUGGAGUAAUCGCUGAACUUCUGCUCUGUACAAUCAAGGGAUCUAUGUUACACUAUCAACCUGAAUGGUGUACAAGUGGCCAGCAGACAAGGAUCAUUGCUUAUUCUGUUAUGUCCAAUGUUAUACAAGUGUCUGGUGGGAGGCACACACCAUCCUGCCAGUUGGUGAAACUAAUACUUGAAGAUGUGGUUCCCAAGGGCCACCAAGUUAGAUUACAGAUGAUAGAUAAGGGACUAUCUUCUCUUUCUCUCCAUAAAAAGAAGAGCAAAAAAAAAGGCUAUGCUGUUACUGUUGCAGACUCCCUUGGCCAAAUUAGGCCCCUGCCUCGCUUGGAAUAUUUUUCCCGGACAACUAGAGUUGCUCUGAGUCUGAUUGAGACAUUGUUUACUUAUGCUUCCCAUUCUAUGAUGCAAAAGACAAAACAAUCUCUUCUCUCAAGUGUAUUAGCUGUGGCAGCAACAGUGACAGGGGUCACUCAGCCUCCAGUCACAUAUGUAGAUGGGAGAACUAGAGCUCAAUUGUUUAAAACAGUAGCCAGUAUGGCAAUUCAUCCACAUCCAGGAUGUGAGCCACCAUACACCAUCAUCCUACACUAUCUUCAUGCUGGACUACAUGACUCAGACAUGCUGGUAGUGUCAGCUUGCCAGAUGGCACUAGGGAGUGUGAGUUUCAUCAUGGCCAACCCACAAGUCUGCUCUUUGAUGUACAAUCAACACCACCAGCUGAACCUCACCAAUGGUGAAGAGGAAGGGGAUGAAAUGAUAAAGGCAACACAUGAAGAAGUCAGUCAGUCUUUAUCUGGAAGUGAGGAAGAAGAGGAUAUGGAAGGAACUUUGAGGUUGGAGGAAGAAGAGGAGGAGGAUGCUGAGGCAGUGGAUGACUUGGUUGAAGAAGCAGAACAGAAGAUGGAGACAGAAGAAAAUGGGGAGGAGGAGGAGGUUGAAGAAGAUGAGAAGGAGAAGGAAGAAGUGAAAAGGGUUGAGGAUGAGAAACAAAAAGAGUUAUCAGAAAGUUCAGAAAAGGUAGAGGAACAAGAUGAUAUGAAAGGAAAAACAAACCUAGGAGAGGAGGAAUGUGAUGCAGGUGUUUCAACUAGAUAUGCCAGCCAAGAAAGUUUAGUUCUGUCAGGCAAGAGAACUGCUGAUGAAAAUCCAAUCUCCCAUAAGAAAUCUAAGAAGACAGAGAGUGAGGCAUCUGUUGUUGGUCCCACCUUGGAUGAAAUGUUAGCAUCAUUUGUGGAUUGUGACCCAGAUAAUUAGCUGUGCCAAAGAUAUAAGAAAAGACACAGUAUACCAUAAAAAGUUUUGAAGCAGUUACUCAUCAUAAUAAAAAUAAUCAGUACAAAAUA